CACAAGGACCUUUUGUUUAUAAGGUGGGUGUCGUAAAGCAAUAUCAUUGCUGACCUGAUAGACAAUAACUCGUAUCGAUUCUCCUUAUUGCAUGAGUUAUAUCGGUUUGAAAUGUUGCAUUUAUAAAACCGCAUCCAAAUUUCUGAACUGAAUUCCCGACCACUGUAUAAUAGAUAGUGGUAAGUGACCACUGCACUGGCUGCACACUUCACAAUCCCAGCAGUAGGCUACGUCACGAGGCUAUUACUCAUCUAUUGCAUUAUGAAUAGUGGCUAUUUAGACAUCUUACUCAUUUGACGCGCUGUUUUGCAUACUACAUAGUAGUGAAAUAUGUUCGCGCGCGUGGGUGGUGUGUGUGUCUGCGUGUCUGUUUGAGUAUGAAUGGCUGAGUGCGCACGUGUAAGGGACAUUCCACUAAUUUCUGUCCCCUAAACCUGACUCAAACCGUUCUGCCUUUUAAAUACAUUAUGUCCAGUAUGCUUUUUUUCUCGUGGGGAAUAUUGGGAGGUGCAGGCAAACACUGACUCUCACAUAUGCUACUGGUAUUUGUUGAUAGACUGUCCAGCCGUGAGCUUUAGAUCCCAGUGCCCUCAAGCCAGAGUCACGGUGGCGCCGACUCACCAUUUCUGCUGUCUGCGCUCCCACGGGUCACUCCAAACUCAAGAGAAGGGAAGUAUGGCCGCUUGUAACUUUAGCGGAUUGAGAAGCAUUUCCCACCGUAUAUUUAUUAUAGGUCUGCCGGUGCUACUGCUAGUUCAACUACUGGUAAGUUUAACGGUGCCGCGCGCAACUAACGACGUGAGCGGUGACGAGCCUGCUGUUCUCGUUAUAAGCAUAGAGAAGAGGGGAGGCUCAGCGUCGUCUGAGGUCAGGAAAAAUGAGGGAGAUUUGGAAAGCAGCGUGUUUGGUCUCUGGACCGACGAGGGAGACUCAAGACUGACGGGAUACCACGACGAAAACGAGCUUGAAGGACUCCAGGUAAACUCGGAUUCACUAGUGAUGCAGACUGCGGCUAUAGAGCUGGUAUUGCAGCCGUGGGCAUCAGAACAUCCCUCGUUUUUUGCAGAGUUGCAGCGUCUCACCCAGUUCAUCACCACAACAGAGGUGAAAUGCUCUGUGGUGCAGGAUUCAGAUGGAAAUCAAUCAACACACUCUCCUGGUCACUUAGAUGUUUUGUGCAUCAACCACUGGAAGGGAAAAUGGGGCUGUGUGGCCUACUCAUUCAGUCUGGAUGGAAAGGAUGCUGCAUUUUUAGACACAAUGUUGUAUGCAGGGUGUGAGGUUCAUCGGUUUGACCCCAGCGGUCGAGGGAUUCGAGAGCCUGCAUCUAUUAAGAAUCAUCGGGCUUGGUUAGACUGGAGAAAUCCACUCCGUCAUGCAGGCCUCGUUGGUAAUGUACCACACAGGCUGCUUGACAUUAUGGACUCCCUGGGCCACACCAUGGUGGAUGUUCUGCGUAUGGAUUUGGAGAGCGCUGAAUGGCGCAUAUUAGAAAGCUGGAUUAAGGAUGGAACUCUCAGAAGGAUCAAUCAGCUCAUUCUGACCAUUCAUAUGCAGUGGGCGGGGUUUGAGGUGGGUGGUGUCGAAGAAGAGGUGGUGCGAUUCUGGUACAGUGUACUGAAAGCCCUCCGCAUCUCAGGACUCCAACUCGUGCAUUCGGCACAUGGCCCGGGACACAUAGUGCUGAGACACAAACUGGCGGACUCUCACAGCUCAUACACACUCAGCUGGAUAAGGACAAGUGAGCAGCCCAGAUAGCCAAAUGCAAAAUCACUGCAAAAGACACUUAGAUGCAGAAGCAAAACUCUAAUUCUAUGGAAAAGAUGACAGACGUGUCUAAGAGUACUUUUAACUAAAACAGCAUCAUUUAAUGAGACUGACGUGCUGAAUACAUACAAAAAUGCAUACAAUUUUUAAGAGGUAAAGUUGCAUGUUAGUAUUAUUUUGUUUCUCUGCACAGGCAGUCAUGCCGUCUAAUGGUUUGACAGGGUAUUGCAAUGAUUCAACUCUGCAUUUAUGCGCACAAUUUAAUCUACUGUAUACUGUGAUAAUCCUUUAAAACGUUAAAUUAACGUCAUUUUUAAUAAAACAGGGCUACGUGCAAUAUUUUACAAAUGCACUGUUUUAUAUGAAAUAAACUGUAAACAAUAAAAUGUUUAUUAGAAUUGUG